CACGUGUGUGUAUAGAAGUGUGUUUAUAAUGAAACUGAAAUGCUUUGUAUCCUUUGUUAUGACUUUUGCUUCCAUAUUUGGGCAUGUUACGCCUGUGUUGUUGUAAGUAGUUUAGCUUCUAUAGCCACCAGCUUUGCAUUACUGAAUCAAAGCUGUAAUAGUUGAAGGCAUACCAAAACAUCUUGGAUAAUAAUGGCUACCUGUCCCUUCUCAGCAAAGUCCCUGGAGGAGCUCUGUUUCACUCACGUAGUCAUGACACUGGAGCAAUACUCGACUGACUCUCUGUCACUACUGCCUAAAGGUUUCAGAUUACAGCUACUCCACAUGAUACCAAUUAUUGACGUUUGUCGACUGGAAGAUACUGCAUUCACCUCGGGCAUUGAUAUUAAGUCUGUUUGGACAGCUCUUGACAACGAGUACAUAGAUAAAUAUUGUUACGGUUCAUGUUUGGACAGGAGAGAAUCAAUUUUAAUGAGACUUUCCGUUGCCAUUAUUAAAGGGGAGCGGCCAUAUGGAUAUUAUCAGGUUCUGAGUCGAGAAGAUAGGCGUACACCGUGGAUUGGUAGCAAAAUGAAUGAAAAUCGUCCUGUUAACGAGCAUAAAAUAGACUUUGUUAAUUUUUUGGUGGCAGCAAAACAUGAAAUUCCUGCUGAGAUACAGUGGAACCCCUCUAUAACGGACACAUUUGGGGAAGAACGUUUUGGCCAGUAUAUUGAUAUGAAGUGCUGUGUGCAUCCACCCCUGCUGUCUCUCAACGAUUUUUACCUGUGGAGAGCCGACGAAGAGGCUGAACGUCAUAGAAGUCUGUAUGGACCAGUUGAUUCCACAAUGACCCGCCACGAAGUGACUUUGGUCAAAGGCCCAGUACCUCCUGGUAAGGCUUACCAUGAAGCUUGUCGGGCUAAACAACUUGUCCCACCUCGAUACACAAAGUUCUUCUCUGAAGGAAGUUCCUACUUACCAGAUUCUACUGCACUGAAGCUGAUUGCUGAAAAAUGUCACUUUCAGCCAAAAGAUGUGAUUGUACAUGUACCAACUUUCAGUACAUUUGUUCUCAACAUGGAGCAAGAAUUAGGCAGUGUCGAUUGUUUGGGAGAUUGCUUCAAAGGUGUUGAGUCUCUUACCAUUCAAGGUGAGACGGAACCAUGCCAAAUGGCAACCAUUAUUAGUGAAGCUACAUGUGGAAAACGUAAGAACAUUGCUCGCUGUGCUCUUGGCUUGAUGCUUUUGACACCCAAUCCCAAACUGAUGAGCCUCACAAUUAAACUUAGUACCACUGAUAAUGUGAUACAUUCGAUUACACCAGCUCUGAAUGCUUAUGGUGGCUUAAAGGAACUCACUCUUCAAGCUUAUGGUGAUGUUUCUCCGGAUUUUCAGAAUCUAAUUUCAAUAACUGAACACCAACCUUUACUUCACACUGUGUCGAUAUUGACCGCUAAAGACAUUCAUAUCUACAACUCGUUUCAUAGGGUUACUCAUACUCCAAAGUUAUCUGAGGUACAUUUCAUUUCUUGGCUUCAAACAUGUUUCAAGAAGCCGUUGUUGCAAAACCUAAAGCUCACGCUUGACUCGGUAUCUUUAAAGUUUCUUAUCCAAGUCAUUACUGAUUUUCUCUCGACACCAUGCUCACACGAACAAACUCUCACCAUCCGAUGUGAUCUCAAAGAACUCCCAACCAAAGCAGUCAAGUUGCCUCCCAAACCGCCCCCCAAACCUCCUCGUGUUAUAAAAUCAGGGCCGCCUCUCCAGCCCAAAGGUCCUACAUUGCGGACACCACCACCGCCACCCAAACCAAUUCAUUCGAGUGAACACAGUGACGUUCCCACCACGCCCAUUCAUCAGUUUGACAAUGCUUGCACUAUGAAGUAUAAAUGUUUGACCUUUGAUUCCUGUAACCCUUUGUUUGUGAAAGCUUUCAUGGAACUUGCCCCUUUGAAGCUCAAAAAUAUGUCAAUUCUUAAAAACAACGUUAACAUGUUCUCCACUGAAUUUCUCUCUCAAUUGGCCCAACACCCGCUCAUUGAAAUGGAAUCACUAGAAGUGGAGCUUUACACGAAGGACAUGCCUAAUUUUGACUCCAUACUACAAAAGAAAUUGUUGAAAUUUGUAACCGUUACGUGUUCUGACAGUUAUUUCAACAAGUUUUCUGACAUCUCUUUACGCCGAGGUUUUGAGAUUAAGACAAUAGUCAAGACUCCCAUGGACAGUGUGGUGUUCACUCUCUCUAGAAAUUGAUUUGUAUGUAGGAAAGUUAUUGUGUAUACCCUUAGUUAUAUAGAUAUUGUGUUGAUCCAUUCA